UUAGAUAACAUUCUUCUACGAGAUAACUUCUGCUAUUUAAAUACUUCAGCGAAAGCUCACAUAUUUUCAGUUUGUCAAAGUUCUUGACUGCUUCAGUCUCUCAUUCUUAGUAUGAGUUUGGAAAUGACUUUUGGUGAUCUCAAGAAGAAGUCUAUGAAGGACCAGCCAGAUAAGAAGUCAUUUGGAAAGAAAGUUAAAGGUCGUCGUUUUCUUUCUUAUCCAUGCUGGUGCCCUGCUGCCAUGACUUUGGGUAUCCUUUGCCUGGGAUUGUUGACAACUAUCAUAAUGCUGAAGAAGCAAAUAUUCCAGAUAUCUGACCUCCUAGAACAAUAUCAAGCAAACUUUACUCACCAGGAAAAUGCCCUGGAAGGACAGCUGUUAGCCUAUCGGCAGGCAGAAAAUGAUUCUCAGAGUUCACAGAAGGAGCUCAGAGAAAUAAUAGCUAACCUUCAACAGAAGCUGGAUGAAGGGCACAAAGAGCAAAAGGAACUUCACCAGUUGAACCUGAAUCUCCAAGAUGCUCUGGCGAGAAAGGAAAACUGUUCAGGUCCUUGUCCCCAGGAUUGGAUCUGGCAUGGAGAAAACUGUUACUUGUUUUCCUCUGGACUAUUUAAUUGGGAAGCAAGCAGAAAGAACUGCUCAGCUUUGGGUGCCCAGUUGCUGAAAAUUAAUAACACGAGUGAUCUGGAUUUCAUCAAGCAAGUCAUUUCCCAUUCUAAUCUCCCAUUCUGGACGGGACUGAGUCUGAGGAAGCCCGACAAUUCAUGGAUCUGGGAGGAUGGAUCUCCUUUGAGACCCCACUUGUUGAAAUUUCGUGGUGCUUUCUCUCAUAUGUACCCUUCAGGAACUUGUGCAUAUAUACAGUGGGGAGAUGUUUUUGCUGACAACUGCAUUUUAGUUGCAGCCCGUAUAUGUCAGAAGGCAGCAGAUCUGUUGCACAUACAAUAAAUUUGAGGAAGCUGGAAGAAAAAAUAGACUUUUUCCUGGAACAUAAGCUAUUUUUCAUUUCUCGGGAGCAAAUCAUAGUAGCUUUGAGAACUGAUAGUUAUGAGCCAGCUUCGGAACUCCUUAUCAGAUGCCAAAAUGGGUCUUUUUGGAGACUGAAACUGGGACUCCAGCUUCGUGACACCUUCACCUCAAAAACAGUGAUUCUGUUUAUCCAUCCCAAGCCUCCCUGCCAAGCUCUAGGUCUUUCUUCCCUUUUCUGUUUUAAAAAUUGACUCCUUACCAAGCUUGGGAAGCUACCACAUUCAAUCUUCUCUACCUCAGUGUUGACUUUUACAGCUACAGAAAGGACAAAACAACGUGUGCAUCUGCACAAGGAAGCCAAAUGAGGGGAAACGUGCUCUGGAAGCAGUGUACUUGAAGAAAGAGAACAAAGAACAGAUCACUGUGUAAUCAAGAAUCAUGCGUUCUCCACUUGGAAGACACCAUUUGUUUUUACAGUUGGGGUCCACCUCCAGACUCUACCAUUGAUACAGACCACUCACAUAUUUCGCAGUGACUGUGGUGGCCCAGAAAGUGAUGAGCAAUUUCAUGGACUUUUCUGUGAAAUAAGUCACAAUUCAUUACCAAUCUCUGAAAUUAUAAUUAUUUUUUCACCUUUUCUUUGCCAAAUAGCAGCCCAAUACAGUGUCAGAAUUAUACAAAGUUUGUCCCAGAGGCACAAACAGAACUUUCUCCCCAACGUACAAACUAUUUACAGACACUCUCCUAAAUUCUAACGUAUUACGUAAUAAUUCAGAAAUAUACAAGACCAAAUAUAGUCAAUUCAAGGACAGUUUGAACCAGGUAUAUAAAUAUUGCUGAGCACAAAUAGAUGGAAUUAGAAACUCCCCUUUAUUUUUAGAGCUUCAAUUGUCUUUCCACCCCCUUCAUGCUAUUCUACUUUCAAAGAAACUUUACUAUUUUGCCAUAUAUAACACAUCAGCAAAUCAUAUAUAUGAUGUAUGCCAUAUAUAUAUAUUCUAUAUGAUCCUUAUAAAGACAAGAAUGUUUUCUUUGCUACUAGUCUCUGUAUAAUUGAUUUACAAUAAACUGCAAUUUGAAACAUUUCCCACAUUACAUAUAAACAUAUUCCCCUUAUGAUGAGCAUAUCAACAACCACAAAUUAUUCAUCAUACCCUGCCCCGUGUGUCUUCCCCAGACAACCACUAAUCACCUUUCAGCUUACAUUCUGAAGGGUUUCAUAUGAAUGGAAUCACACUAUACACCCUUUGGGUUUGACCUCUUUUACUUUGAGUAACUUGGGUUUCAUAUAUUUUUGUCUUGUUGCUUGUAUCAAUUAUUUAUUCUUUGUUUAGUGUUGAUUGUCCCUUUGGGGACAUACUACAAUUUAUUUGUUAUGUGUACCUGUUAGUGAAAUUUGGAUUGUUUUAGUUUUGAAUAACUACAAAUAAAGCUAUGAAUGUUCAUGUGGAAGUUGUUGACUGAACUUAGGGCUUCUUUUGUCUUGGAUAAAUACCUAAGAGUGUAAUAUCUGUAUCUAACAGUAAAUAUAUGUUUAGCUACUUGAGAAAGUGCUAAUCUGUUUUUCAAAGUUGCAUCCUUUUAUAUUUCUGCCAGUAGUGUAUAAAUGAUCCAAUUCCACUUUAUCUGUGUCAGAAUUCAGUGUGAAUGUUGUGGUUGAUACACUAUGUCAACUUGAGAAGUAGAAGUUUAACUGAGAGACUCAGCAGGAGCUGAGAUCUUUACUUUGUAAAUAUCUUUAUCCUUUGUAAAAGGAGGGCACAGAGAUUUUGUGAGCGCUACACCAGCCCUGGGGAGGGAGGUGGUAGCCUCUGUACCGUAUAAGGGAGGAGAAAGACUUGUUCCCCACUUUUUGCAUUGGCUGCUUUUGCUUGCUGCUGCCUUGAAGAGUUGUCCCAGUGCCAUGCCACUGUGCCAGCUGAUUAUGGACUGAAAUCUCCACAUACUGUAAGCUAAAUAAACCUUUCCUUCCCUAA